AUGGCCGCCACCGGCUGGAGGGACGGCUCCGGCCAGAAGUACCGGCUGGUGGUGGUCGGCGGCGGCGGCGUGGGCAAGUCGGCGCUCACCGUCCAGUUCAUCCAGUCCUAUCUUGUAACGGAUUAUCAUCCACCCAUUGAAGAUUCGUACACCAAGCAGUGUGUGAAAGACGACAGAGCGGCCCGGCUACAUAUUUUAGAUACAGCAGGACAAGAAGAGUUUGGAGCCAUGAGAGAACAGUAUAUGAGGACUGGGGAGGGUUUCCUGUUGGUCUUUUCAGUCACACAUAGAGGCAGUUUUGAAGAAAUCUGUAAGUUUCAAAGACAGAUUCUCAGAGUAAAGGAUCGUGAUGAGUUUCCAAUGAUUUUAAUUGGUAAUAAAGCAGACCUGGAUCAUCAAAGACAGGUAACACAGGAAGAAGGACAGCAGUUAGCGCGACAGCUUAAGGUAACCUACGUGGAGGCAUCAGCAAAGAUUAGGAUGAAUGUCCAUCAAGCUUUCCAUGAACUUGUCCGGGUUAUAAGGAAAUUUCAAGAACAGGAAUGUCCUCCUUCACCAGAACCAACACGGAAAGAAAAAGCCAAGAAAGGCUGCCAUUGUGUCAUUGUCUAGAAUCCCUCGAGUUUUAGCUACCAACUGCCAGGACAAGCCCUCGUCUUCUCCUCCGUACAGUUUACAUCGUGUUGGUACCUUUCUAGCCUUAGACAAUUGAUCACCUUAUUAGCCUUAGACCAAGAUGCUGGCUAAUCCCUUCCGUGAAGCUAAUACAAUGGCCAUUUCCACACAGAUUUAAAGGAAACACUAAGGCUGCUUCAAAGAUUAUCUGAUUCCUUUUAAAUAUGUCUAUAUCGACAGACACAUUCUUUUUUAAAGCGCUUACAUUUUAAUAGAGAUGAAUCAGUUUUGGAACUUAAGCUGUCUGCCAGGCGGAAGCCACAGGUUGUGAAAUAAUUUUUAACUUCUGGAAUCAUACUGCCUACUGUUAUUCUAAAUAGAAAUGUAUGGAGUUUUUUUUAAAUGUGAAUUUUUGCCUGUCUUUAAAAAUUUCAGUGUCAACUUUAGUUAACCUUACAUACACUGAAUUGAAUCUACCCAAGUGA